AAGCCGCGUCUGGUGCAGGGUGCAGACGCUGCAGACGGUGCAGGUGCAAACAGGUGCAGACAGGUGCAGACAGGCGCAGACAGGUGCAGACGGGAGCAGCGUGCGCUCGAUUGCGGUUCCAAUCUGCAAAGCGGACUUUUUCAGGAUCUUCUGCGCACAUUCUGAGUGUUAAUCGUGUCAUGAUGGUGCUGCUGUUUGUUCUCUGUGGCUGGAAAAGAGGAUAGACUCAGCGCGUGCAUUCAGACAGUUUUUUAUAAGAAAGGGUCCUGUGGUGGGGGUGUCCUGUGGUGGGGGUGUCCUGUGGUGGGGGUGUCCUGUGGUGGGGGUGUCCUGUGGUGGGGGUGUCCUGUGGUGGGGGUAGCUGGUUGUUUGGAGGCUCAUGAUGGAGGCCAAAGGAAAGUACGACUUCAACGCCACCGAAGAAGACGAGCUCGGCUUCAGGAAAGGAGACAUACUGAAGAUCCUGAGUCGACAGGACGAGUGGUUCAAGGCCGAGAUGAACGGAAAAGAGGGAUUUGUGCCUCAGAACUACAUCGAAACCAAUAUGCCCAGGUGGUUUCAGGAAAGUGCCAGUCGCAGCAAGGCCGAGGAGCUGCUCAGGAACAGAGAGCUCGGAGAGUUUGUGAUCCGCGGUUGCCAGAGUUCACCGGGAGAUUUCUCUAUUUCCGUCAGACACGACAACGACGUCCAGCAUUUCAAAGUGAUGCGGGACAACAAGGGCCAGUACUUCCUGUGGUCGGAGAAGUUCACCUCUUUGAAUAAACUGGUGGAGUACUACAAAACCUCCACAAUCUCCAAAACCAAAGAGAUCUACCUCAACGACGGCACCCCGGGAACACGCAGCCCCUCCUCCACCCAGCCGAUGAAAAGAGGAAGUCUUCCAGAGCCGCGAAACUCUCCCACUUUAAACUCCACCGCUCCUCGGAGAGCCUCAGACCAGCCUCACAGUCAGAUGGCGGGGCGUAUGGGUCUGGAGGAGCGCGCACACACCAUCGGCCACACGGCGCAGACCCACAGCCCCCUCAGUGCAGCUCUCCCCCGGAGGCCGUCUGAACCUCUGCCCCCUCCCCAGCGAGUAAACACGAUGCAGGUGAGGGCCUUGUACGACUUCACUGCUGAAGAGGAAGACGAGCUGGAGUUCAGAGCGGGAGACAUUAUAGAGGUUUUGGACCGCAACGACCCCUCCUGGUGGAGAGGCAAACUGCGGGGCAAAUCCGGCCUGUUCCCCGCCAACUACACCGAGCAGCUGUGACAAAAGCCAGAAUUCCCAAAAGCCACGAACGCACCACCAUCGAGAGGAGACAAGACGACAUCUGAAAUAUCUGAUUCAUGUUGUAUUCAUCAGACCGGGAGUGAGCUGGGACCAGAGGGGAUCUUUUAUUUAUACAGUGUUACUCUGCUAAUCUGGUUAUUCGCCAAAAUUUGAGCUGAAAAACGUUGCAUUUUAUACCAUUUUUAAGUCUGAAUAAACAUUUGCUUU